AUGGUAGCCACCAUGACUCCUAAGCUGCAAAAAUUUGAUGAGGAUUACUGGCCCCACGAAAUGAACAAGGACCUUAUUGAAAAGUACCAUAAGCAAGCUUGUCAAGCAAAGUUCGAAGUGGUCAAGUCCCUCAUGGCGUGCAAGAUGAAGCAUGGAGAAUUUGUCUAUGGCCGCGUGCAAAGAAUGCAAUGGUACAUAGAGCGCCUUGUUAGGCUGAAUGUGGAUUUUGAUGAGGAGUUGGCUAUUUAUAUAGUCCUAAACUCCUUACCUAGUUGUUAUGAUCAGUUCAUUUCGACCUAUCAUCUGAACAAUAGUGAAAUCACCUUGGCUCAAUUACACAAUCUCCUACAGACAGUUGAAGCAAGAAUGAAGAGAAAAUGUAUUGCCUCCACUCCUGCUAGUGCUCCCAUCCUAGCCAUUGGAAAAGGAAAGGGUAAAAAGAGGAUAGAUCCACCCAAGAAAAACUGGAAGGAAAAGUCUCAUGCAGGUUCAUCAAGUAGCGACCCUAAAGGAAAAUCCAGUUUGAUUAUCUACCCUCUUCUGAUUCCAAAGAGGCUACUACUUUUACUGCAAUGA